AUGCAACCAAAACCGGUUCACGACAUUUACGGUGUUACCAAGAACCCCAAGAAGCGAACCAGGGCAUCAAGGAAAGCACCCACUACAGUUCUCACCACUGACCCGACGAAUUUUAGAGCCAUGGUGCAAGAAUUCACUGGAAUCCCCGCGCCACCGUUUUCGAGCUCUUCAUCGUUUCCUCCGAGGCUCGAUCUUUUCGGGUCCAAUCACUUGGAAGCUUUACGUUCAUCAACUAGAAGAGUCCAGCCAGCUGCAACUCCAUUGUUGAAUAACAUUCCUUUAAAUAUGUUAAACUUGCAAAACCAGAUGGUUCAGCCACUGUCCCAUGAAAGCUCGGUUUCAGGUUCAACAAUGGCUUCUCUCGAUGAGUUGGCCGGCUUCAGCCAUGGUGGCAGUGCGAGUCUCAGUGGCUUACAUGGAAACUUGAGACACGGAGUAGUUGGAUUGAACGAUGGGAACCAAGCUCAUUUGAGGACGUUUGGUACUAAUUUCAAGUUGGAUUACUCAGUUUCUUCGUCAGAUUUCCACCACGAAAAGGGGUUUGAAAACCUUCCAUCAAGAGCAGAAGGCACAGUUGAUUCAUGGACAAAUAUUUCUCCUGCAGAGUAG